AUGGCCUGUCGCCGAGCGAGUACUCUCCCCUUCCCCCUCCUCCUCCUGCUCCUCCUCGCACGUCUUCCCCGCGGCAUCAGCGUGGCGGCAAAUCCACCCCCCUCUCCAGGCGCAUCAGCGCCGGAGGCUAGCACCGCCCCGGCACCGGCGGCGGCGGCACCAGUGGCUGUGAAGCUAGGCUUUCUGCUGCCCGUGCAAGAGCGCAACCUUGAUAUCCCUCUCAACCUCGCUCGCGAAUGGUACGCUACGCUACGCUCUUUCGUUGAUCAGUGUGAGCCAUUUUCCUCCACACGUUGUCUUGUUCACUCUCGGCUGAUCACUCCUCAUGCCGCCAUUCGUUUCGCUUCUACCACAUUACCUUCUUCGCAUGGCUCUCACCUGUCGCGCUAUCCUGAUUCAACAUCUCUUUCCAAUGCCUCGCGUCUCACCCACUGCCCACCUCCUUAUCUCUCUAUACCCAUGCCUCCGUCGCUCCACCGCAGGGGAUCGGCAGCGCAAGUAGCGCUGGACGUGCUCUCUACCCGCUACACGGGCUUCACCAUAAAGCCCGUCUUCCAGGCCGUCGAAUGCACCGCGGACAGCGCCGCAGUUGGCGCAGACGCGCUGGUGAAGCAGGGCGUGGCGGGCGUGGUGGGGCCCGCGUGCAGCGAGGCGGCUGUGGGCGCGGCGCCCGUGCUGGCCCGCGCGGGGAUCCCGAUGGUGUCCUUCGCCGCCACGGCUGACGCGCUGCGGAACCGCACCGCGUAUCCGACUUUUUUCCGCACCGCCUUCGGCGAUCGGCAUCAGGCAGCAGCCAUUCGCAGCGUGGUGGACCAGCUGCAGUGGAAGCGCCUCCUCGUGUUCCAUACCGCCGAGACGUACGGCGAGGCGCUUGCCUACGAUGUGACGCAGGAGCCCCAGCUGAAGGUGCGCACGGUGCGCAUCCCGCACCCGCCCCCCGCGGACUGCUCCGCGUACUUCCCCCCCGCGGCGGACGACUGGAUGAAGGGGUCGGAGGACAUGGGGGUGGUGCUGGCCGUGCUACCCAGCACCGCCUCCUGCCUCUGGGCCGCCGCUAGCAAGCUUCCAGUGCGGGCAGUGCAAGCAGUGCGGGCAGUGCAAGCAGUGCGGGCAGUGCAAGCAGUGCGGGCAGUGCAAGCAGUGCGGGCAGUGCAAGCAGUGCGGGCAGUGCAAGCAGUGCGGGCAGUGCAAGCAGUGCGGGCAGUGCAAGCAGCGCGGGCAGUGCAAGCAGUGCGGGCAGUGCAAGCAGCGCGGGCAGUGCAAGCAGUGCGGGCAGUGCAAGCAGUGCGGGCAGUGCAAGCAGUGCGGGCAGUGCAAGCAGUGCGGGCAGUGCAAGCAGUGCAGGCAGUGCAAGCAGUGCGGGCAGUGCAAGCAGUGCGGGCAGUGCAAGCAGUGCGGGCAGUGCAAGCAGUGCGGGCAGUGCAAGCAGUGCGGGCAGUGCAAGCAGUGCGGGCAGUGCAAGCAAAUCUCCUGGGGUACCCGUGGUGGUACCUGGGAACGGACGGCGUGGCAGCCCUGGACCUCAUGGAUGCAGCACCGCAGUCGGGGGAGGAGAUGCUCGCCAACCACAUGGUGAACGAGCUCGCGCUCGCGCCCUCAGCCCCUUUUCAACCCACCAUCACCCUCUCCUCCUCUCCUGCAGGCGCCGACCCCUCGGGAGAGCAGCCAUUUGCCCCGUUCAAGGCGUACUGGCAGCAGCAGUCGUACGCGGCGUUCCCGGGCCUGCUCACCUUCGACGCCUCCCCGCACUUCUCCGCCCCCCGGCCCUUCGUCCCGCACCUCGUGGAUGCCGUGUGGGCGUUCCACGAGGCUGUCAACAAGACCGUUGGGGAGCAUGGCGCGUCCCUGUCUGCCGCGCACCUGCUCGCCUGCUUCAACGACUCGCCGUCUGACUGCGUGUCCUUCCCGGGGGCGACGGGGCACGUGCACUUUGACUCCGACUCGGGCGAGCGCAGCAAGGUGCAGGUGUCGCCGCGCUACUCGCUCAUGCACCCGUGGGGGAGUGGGUGGAGCAGCAGCAGCCACGGCUCAAGCUGA